CCAGCAUUUUCUACUUAUAUUUAUCUCUACACAGUUUCAAGGGUUUUAUAAAUUUCUCUUUUCGUCACUGCAAAUUCAAAUUCCUCUUCAAUGCCGACGCUUUCAUGGCGGCAGCAUACGCUAAUUCAAGCUCUUUUAUCUCGCGGCCCACACAAAGAAACUGAUUUCAAAUCACUUUUCUUCAAAGUCACUAGCAAAUCCGCAGCUAAUCAACAGUCAAUGUUUAAUGAAUACCUGAGAAAGAUAAAUGAGGAGCUCGCUUAUGUGCAGUUUGAGUUACGGGCAUGUAGAAACCAGUAUGAUGGGAAGGUGUAUUAUGGUGUUGUUAACAAUGUUUCAGAUGAGCAAUCCAAACUCGGAACUAAAUAUUCAGUUCCUCAGAUUGCUUUCUAUAAAGGCGUUAUUGAAGCAAUUGUUCAAGAUGUGGCAUCUUUGGGUUGUAUUUCAACCAUUGAUGCACUAAACAUACGGCUUGAAAAUCAGUUCCUGGCUGGAACAGAUUCCCAGUCCCAGGGAGGUUCAGUGCAAAUUCCUGCAGCGUUUAGGAAUUUCUCGAUGUCUCAAAAGGAAAAGACCCUUGAGGAACUUGUGAAGGAUCAGUGGCUUUCUCUAACAGAUGGUAAGAUAGGACUAGGAGUGCGUUCCUUUCUUGAUCUUAGAAGUUGGUUUCGCAGUAAUGAGGUUCCUCCAUGUGAAGUUUGCAAUGAAGCUGCAGUGAAGGCUGAGCUUUGCCAAAAUGAAGGCUGUAAUGUUCGCAUCCAUCAGUACUGCUUGCGAAUGAAGUUCUCCCAACACAAGGCUGAAAAAGUUUGUCCAGGGUGUGGGACAGAAUGGCAUUAUAACAUAACAAAAGCAGAAGUUGUAGACGAAGAAGAUGAUGCAUCUGCUCCUGAUGAAAGUCAGCAGCCUGGUGAACCCUUGAUGAGAAAGAGGCGGAGGACCUGUGGAGUGACCGAUGCUGAUACCCCCUUAACGAGAAACAGGCAAAGGACCCGUGGAGGUAAUGAUUCUGAUACUGUCAAGCCUGGAUCAUCUCAAAGUACGAGGGUGACUCGGGGUUCUGCCCGUCUGAGGAGUGCAAGUUAAGAAAUAUGUUUUACUAGUUUUGGUGCUCAUGCACAUCUAAGUAUAUGAAAUGGUCGUCCGUAUAUUUUUGCACCCCAUGAAGGUUUACGUAUUUGGUAGACCUAAUUCUAACUUUUGAUUGUAAAUUAUAGGAGCAUCUAUUCCCUUGGUGUUCUUCAAUUGCAACUAUAGCGCAGAAGAUUUCUUCCUAGCAUAUACUAGUGAAUGUUAUCGAUGUUAACUCUAUUCAAAUCCAUUCCCUUCUUGAACUUUUG